CCUCAUUCUCAGUUAUCACUUCAUCAUUAUUUGCAGUUCCCUUCUCUUGUUUCUGUUUGGUUUGAAUAUUUCUAAUACAUUUUGUUUUCUUCAGUUUUUUCUUUUUCUUUUCUUUUCCCCUUUCCCGGUAAAGUGUUCAGUUUUUCAGUUAAAAACAAUCAUCUUUUUAACGCUUUUGCUGAGACUAAUCUAUUGAAAACUUGCAAGGUCGAUGAUUCAUUCUUCAGAUAUCCUUUUGGCACCGUGUCUGUGCCUGAUUGUCCCUUCUUUCAAUUUUUCGCGUGACUACCUGGCCUUGCUUGGUUUGUUUGAUUUAGUCACAAGUUUUUAAGGUUGAAGCGUCAACGUGUUAUUGUUAUGGCUCUCAUAUAUGUUUCUUAAACGUUGAACAAAGCAUACUUGGAUUAAGUUUUCUUCAAGGCUUAGUUUAAUAGCGACACACAGAGAGAGAGAGAGAGAGAGAGAGAGAGAGAGAGAGAGAGAGAGAGAGAGAGAGGGGAAAAAAAAGUUGCCAUUAUUUGCAUAAGAAUCUCUAGCUCCUGUUUAAGGUAUAGGUAGAUAAGCAGAGUGUUGAAUUUGCCACAUUGCCUGCGUGAAAACAAAGAGAGAUUGAGGAGAGAAAAAAGAGAGGAAAAAAAGGAGUAAGAUUUGCGGGAAUUUCGGUGUCCAAACGUCAAAAAAUAGAGGUCUUUAUUGUUGUUUGGGGGGUGGCAUUUCAAUCCUCUUUCUCAUCCUUUGAAAGAGAAAAUCACAAACAAUCCCCACAAUAUCUGUUAACAUUCUCUUUCUCUCUCUUUUCUUUUAUUUUUAUUUUUUUUUAUUUUUUGUUUUGUUUUCUUCCCUUUCUGGGGUUCCUCUGUUUCAGGGUAGGAAGAGAAGCUGAGAACUCCCUCUUCCCUCCCUUCUCUCUCUGUUUUUUCUAUCUCUUUCCGAAGCCAUGAUGAUUUAUGAUAAAGGGUCAAUGCAUUCUAACCUUGAUUGCUUCGUACGGUGUACCACCCCGGUUGUUCAAUCUCAGUUUCUUUCCAAGUCCGAGAUUACCAACCUGAACCGUUUGUGGCAUCCGUGGGAGAGAGAAAGAGUGGAAUAUUUCACCUUGGGUGAUCUCUGGAAUUGCUAUGGUGAAUGGAGUGCUUAUGGAGCGGGGGUUCCAAUCACCUUGACCAGUGGGGAGACACUUGUGCAGUACUAUGUGCCUUACCUCUCAGCUAUUCAGAUAUUCACUAGCAAUAGUUUCAGGUAUUAUUUCAGGGAAGAGACUGAGUCAGGUGACUGCGAGACAAGGGAUUCCUAUAGUGAUUCUUAUAGCGAGGAGAGUGAGUGUGAUAAGUUAUGGAGGUGGGAUGGAACUUCCUCAGAAGAGGGUGGAUCUGAGCAAGAUUGUCUCUGGCAUUUGAAUGAUAGAUUGGGUCACCUUUAUUGCCAGUAUUUUGAAAGAUCAACUCCAUAUGGGAGAGUUCCUCUAAUGGAUAAGAUUACUGGGUUAGCUCAAAGAUACCCAGGGUUGAUGUCAUUAAGAAGCGUAGAUCUUUCACCAGCUAGUUGGAUGGCAGUUGCUUGGUACCCAAUAUAUCAUAUCCCAAUGGGAAGAACAAUUAAAGAUCUUUCAACAUGCUUCCUCACUUACCACACACUUUCAUCUUCAUUUCAAGGAAUGGAUCUUGAUGAUGAUAUUGAGGGUGGACAGAUGAAGAAAAAGGAAGGGGAAGGCAUAUCCUUACCAGCAUUUGGUUUGGCAACGUACAAGUUGCAAGGGGGUAAUGUGUGGGUUGGAGGCAAUCGAGGGAGAGACCAAGAAAGGUUAAUGUCACUGUUGAGCGUGGCAGAUUCAUGGUUAAAGCAACUAAGGGUCCAGCAUCAUGACUUUAAUUACUUCAUGGGCAUUCGGCAUGGCUAAAAGGACUAAUCCACUACUACUCUACAAAGAAUUCGCACUUGCAAACCAAAUUGAUAGCUAAAAAAAAAAAAAAUUCCUCCUUUUCUCUCGGAUAUAUUUGGUUUUUAUGCACUUUCUUGGACCAUUUGUUUUUUUGUUUUGUUUUCUUGAGGGAGUGUGAGGAAUGAGGAUAUGUACUUGUUGAUAUUUAUAACCCUUGAGAGCAUUUUAGGACCAACCCUCGUGAGAUUCCAAGCAAAAAGUUGGAAUGAUGAAUUGACACUUUUCAAUAGCCUCUGUUCAAGAGGUACUUUUAUGCAGUGAGAGAUAGGGACAGAGGUGAGACUAGAGAACUUUGAACAUAUAUAUAGGGAUUGUGUAUCACUU